AUGGCUCGUGGAGAUAGCCCGAAGCGCCGCAAGCUCGAUUCAGAUCGAUAUGAAUCUUCGUCCCCGCAGCCCGGAGCACCCCCAAGACAUGUUUUCCAACGGCGGAGGAAAGAUGACGGCGGCGUAUCCAUGCCAAAAGGAAUCCACAAUGGUUCUGCAACCCCUCGACAACAUGAGUUCGAUGGCCCUGAACCCCUUGUCGAUGACGAGGAUGUUAUUGCGUUAGACCGAGACUGGUAUGCUGGCGACGAAUUGGGCCAUACCUUUGGCGAUGAGACGCAUAAUCCGUUUGGAGGGGCGGACAGCUCGUGGGCGGAUAUGCAGCGAGAAGCUGCACUGUCAGAAAAGAAAAACAACCGUCGGUUCAAUGCGCGCGCAGUACAAAAGCAAAAAGACGUUGAUGCCUGGGAAACGAAUCGGAUGCUGACGUCCGGUGUCGCGCAGCGGAGGGAUUACGAUGCUGAUUUUGAGGAUGAUGAGGAUUCGACACGCGUGCACUUAUUGGUUCAUGAUUUGAGGCCCCCGUUUUUGGAUGGGAGGACGAUUUUCACGAAGCAGUUGGAACCCGUGCCGGCAGUGAGAGACCCGCAAAGCGAUAUGGCGGUGUUUAGUCGGAAGGGUAGCAAGGUUGUGAAGGAGAGAAGGCAGCUAAGAGAGCGGCAGAAGCAGGCACAAGAUGCUACGAACGUUGCUGGAACUGCGUUGGGCAACAUUAUGGGCAUCAAAGAAGAUGAGGGGGACAGCGCCGCUGCAAUCCCAGGGGAAGAGGAUCACAAAGGAGGAAGCAAAUUCGCCAAACAUUUGAAGAAGAACGAUGGCGCGAGCGCCUUCAGUAAGAGCAAGACGCUCCGUGACACAAACGGGAAUAUCUUCCUGCAUUCGCAUAGCGAAACAGCCAUUAAAUAUAUGACCGAUGGCGUACUCUUACGAGAAUCUUUGGUGCAGCCGGAUCUCGAUAAAUACUCUUGUAUAAUCAUGGAUGAAGCCCACGAGCGGGCUUUAAACACUGAUGUCCUAAUGGGAUUAAUUAAAAAGGUUCUAGCCCGUCGACGAGAUCUGAAGCUGAUUGUAACGUCCGCCACAAUGAAUGCAGAACGGUUCUCGAAAUUCUACGGAGGUGCUCCUGAAUUCUUCAUUCCUGGACGGACAUUCCCAGUUGAUAUUCAGUACUCCAGAUCGCCUUGUGAAGACUACGUUGACAGCGCUGUUAAGCAGGUUCUUGCUAUUCAUGUAUCGCAGGGCGCCGGGGAUAUUCUCGUGUUUAUGACGGGGCAGGAAGACAUUGAAGCUACUUGUGACCUGAUACACGAAAGGCUUGCACUUUUGAAUGAUCCGCCGAAAAUUAGUGUCUUGCCGAUAUACAGCCAAAUGCCCGCAGACCUUCAAGCCAAGAUUUUUGAUAAGGCGCCUCCCGGCGUCAGAAAAGUUAUUGUCGCCACCAAUAUUGCGGAAACCAGUUUGACCGUUGACGGUAUCAUGUAUGUUGUUGAUUGUGGUUUUUCUAAAUUAAAAGUUUACAACCCACGCAUGGGGAUGGAUACUUUGCAAAUCACGCCAAUCUCCCAGGCCAACGCAUCACAGCGCGCCGGCCGCGCUGGACGAACGGGCCCAGGGAAAGCAUACCAUCUUUACACCGAACUUGCAUUCAAGAAUGAAUUCUAUAUUCAAACUAUCCCUGAGAUACAAAGAACCAACUUGGCUAAUACGGUUCUCAUGCUCAAGUCAUUGGGAGUGAAGGAUUUGCUGGAUUUUGAUUUCAUGGAUCCUCCUCCUCAGGACACCAUCACCACCUCGUUAUUCGAUUUAUGGGCAUUGGGUGCCAUUGAUAAUCUUGGUGAUCUCACGGCCAUGGGCCGCCGGAUGAGCCCCUUUCCAAUGGACCCGUCGCUAGCGAAACUGCUCAUCACCGCAUCAGAAGAGUACGAAUGCAGUGAAGAAAUGCUUACAAUCGUCUCCAUGCUAUCAGUGCCAAGUGUUUUCUACCGCCCGAAGGAACGGCAAGAAGAAUCCGACGCCGCCCGUGAAAAGUUUUUUGUACCCGAGUCAGAUCAUCUCACCCUUCUGCACGUGUAUAGCCAAUGGAAAGCAAAUGGCUAUUCUGAUGGCUGGUGCGUGCGGCACUUCCUUCACCCGAAGGCGUUGCGACGAGCUAAAGAGAUCCGAGAGCAACUUCAUGAUAUUAUGACGGUACAAAAAAUGACGCUCACGAGUUGUGGCACUGAUUGGGACAUUAUUCGAAAGUGCAUUUGCUCUGGAUAUUACCACCAGGCUGCCAGGGUCAAAGGAAUUGGCGAAUAUAUCAAUUUACGGACCAGUGUCACAGUACAACUUCAUCCUACAAGUGCACUUUAUGGGCUUGGCUUCCUCCCGGAUUACGUCGUAUAUCACGAAUUGAUUUUGACGAGCAAAGAGUACAUGUCUUGCGUCACAUCCGUGGACCCUCGCUGGCUUGCCGAUCUGGGUGGUGUCUUCUACUCCAUCAAAGAAAAGGGAUAUUCCGCCCGUGAACGCCGCGUCACAGAACGCGAAUUCAACCGUCGCAUGGAGAUUGAAACGCAGAUGGCCGCGGACCGUGAACGAGCUGCCGAGAUAGCAAACCAUGAAGCGGAGAAAGAAAAACUGAAGCGGCGCCAAGAGGUCGCCGUUGGUUCCGCGUCAGUUGGUGCGAGGACCGCAGUGAGGAGACCUGCGUCUGCAGCAGCAACGAAGGCCGGUGGGAGUGUGGUCAGGAGACCUCCUGUUAAGAGAAUCGGGCGAGGAUUCUAG